UGCGGGUCCGCAUUGUGCGCAUGCGCAAGUGAGAGGCGAACAUGGCGGCGCCCUGGAGCGUGGGGCUGCGGAGGCUGGCGGAGGUCCGGAGCCUGAGCGCGGCUCGCCUGCUCUGCCUGCCGUCGCAGAGGCGAUAUGUCCGCAGCACCGCAGGGAACAAUCUGCAGUUUAAGCUCGACGAGAGAACGGCUCACAGCAGCCUUGACCUUUUCAAAAAGGACACCGGGGUGAUCUACCGAAUCUUGGGCCUGGACCCGAGCCUGGUGCUGGAUAACCCAGAGCGCUUCCGCGAGUGGGCGGUGGUGUUCGGGGACGGGCGGGUCACGGCGGGGCGGCACUACUGGGAGGUGACGGUGCGCAAGUCGCAGGAGUUCCGGGUGGGCGUGGCCGAGGCAGGGAUGUCCCGGGAUGAGUGUGUCGGCACCAACAGCUGCUCCUGGGUGUUCGCCUACACCCAGCGCAAGUGGUACGCCAUGACCGGCAACAAGAUGGUGCCGGUGUCUCUGGCGGGAAAGCCAGACAGGGUGGGGCUGCUGCUGGACUGCGAGGCCGGCUGCCUGGGGCUGGUGGACGUUCAGAAGCCCAAGCUGAUCCACAGCAUGAGGGCGGUGUUCGGGGUGCCGCUCUGCCCCGCCUUCGCACUGUGGGACGGGGAACUGCUCACGCACUCCGGGAUGGAGGUGCCGGGGGGGCUGCAGUGAGGGAGGGGGUACGGGACGACACCCUGCUC